AUGCUUCGGUUUCUAUUCCGUCGCCCGCGGAGCGUUCGCGUGCCACUGCAAAACGGUCCAGUCGAUCUUCAGAGGGUUGCAAUAACCCGAAGAUCCAGAUCCACACCUAUCGUUUACCGGCUUUUCACUACGAUUGCCCUCACCUACUGUGCCGCUAAGGCGAUCAACCACAUCUAUCCAGACACUGCGCACGGCUCUAGGCCGCGAGUUGAGUCAGUCAAGAAGACGCCCACAUUCCCAGAUCAGAAAGAACCAUGGCAGGCACACUGGGACGAGGCCACUGCGAGUGGCUCGACCGAUUCGCCCGAAGUCGUCCAUUUAAUGUUGCCGAUUUGGAUCCGCCGAGCAAAGCCCAAAUAUUGGGAGCCAGACGACCCGACGUGGCAGUCAUUCCAAGCUCUCCACGAAGAUACAAAGCGCCUGCGUGAAGUCACAAAGGCCAUUCAGGAAUCUUUGAAACAAGUGGUCGUCAGAAAGUAUGGUCGUCUGUUGAUGGAGCUGGGAGGAACGUUCUCCUUUCACGCAGGAUGGAGACUGGCUCCGCCUUUGUAUGCCCCCGUAACAUACGAAGCCCCGUGCAUCUUCUUGGAGCCGGGCAAGAUCGAAUUUGGCUGGAGACAGCUGCCAAAUAGCAUGGGGGGGAAGAUGGAUCGUGUCUUUCAUCCGAUUGUGCUCGCCAAGGCCUUUUGCAAAGGGUUUGGGGAAUUCGCCUGGGCUUCGUAUCUCAUUACCAAGGCUCGCCUGAUGGAUUUUCUCAGCUCAACCAGCAAAGAUCCCACCACGUGGCAGAACACUCCCAGUGAAGAUGAGAAAGCCCACAAGCGGUUGACUCUUGGAAAGAUGUCUGAAAAGGACAAAACAACUUGGCUUCCUUUCCUUCGUGGUGACUUCGGCGAGCAUGAAUCAAGACGCGCCUACCGCGACCUCGUCAAGUCCAUGACCUAUCAAGGUGCAAUCGAAUCGGGCUGCGCCGUGUUCCGAGCAUACUGGAUUCAGGGCCAGGAAAAGACCAUGCAAUCGUACACGCGAGAUGGCAUACUGUUGGUGGGAGAGAUAGCCUUCGUGGGAGACAGAGGCACCCUAUUUGUGCAUGCGGUGGCGGUCUACUCCCCCGCGAGUGAUUCUCUCAUUGGACCACCUAUCAUCAAACAUGCUUAUGUCGUCCCAGACCGGGAGAAGUGGGUGGAAGCCAAACCUGCCCAAAACGAUGGGGAUGGCCUGAAAGGGGAUCAAAGACAAGAACAGAAGGAGUUGAUUGCCCAAGAGGCCCUCAAACGGUCAACAGAAAUCGAGAAGUCACAGCGGACGGGGAAGCCUCCUUCGGCUGAAGGGGAUCAGGAGAAGAAGAGGGAGAAGUGA